AUGGCCCUUUCCAGUGGCAGUGGAGGGGGCGACUACCCCGUCCACGAGGAAUCAGAAUCGGAACACCACUUUGGCAGAAAUUUGCAAGACAAGCUGAUUGACGUUGAUGAUAGUGAUUCGCAAGACAAUCACAUUCCCUGGAACGGUGGUGAUUCGCAACAAGACAAUCAUAUGCAUAGAAAUUUGCAAGACGAUUCCAGUCCCCUGAACAAUAGCACUAGUGAUUCUCAAGAAGAUCCCACUGAGGUCUAUGAUUGGGAAGUCUGUGACGACUUGCUGGGUCAUUUUCAUCGCAUUGUCGAACACAACAACGUACCAGAGCUUCAAGCGGCAACCGUCGCACAAGUCUGUCUUGCUGAAGGAACCACCGCCUACGUCAAGCUGGCUGCGGCAGCGGGUUCCGCUGCCAACAUAAAACAUGUGGCUUCCGUCAAAGACGCUUUCAAUGAAGCAUAUCGUGGCGGCAAGGCAUACGCCACGGCGUGGUCAAAGGUUAAUAUCCAUGCAUGGGACAUCUCCGUGGGAUCCGACGACACCGUCGUCAUCUUGGAGACAACCAUGGGUUACCCUAUGUUGUACAACCUCAAAAAAAAGAUCUGGCACCACUUGCAAAGUCCUUUCAAAAAAUGGAACCACGAAGCACAGGAGUGGUACGAAUCGAAAAGCAUCACCAAAUUCAAACAAGUCGAGGUCGUCGAUAAAAACAAUAUCUACGCAUUGGGUCGUUACAACCACCGUGUUUACAAAUACAAUGCCAAAACUGACGAUUGGAGUCUAUUGCAAGCGAUGUCCACGUGGGAAGAUCCCGACGGAAACAGGAAGGAUAUGACAUAUGCAAGGAUCGCGGCCUGUUCAAGUAUGAUCUACGCAACCACCCGCACCACGACGGAAAAAGAUUCGGUGCUUUAUGUAUACACAAUUGGAGAAGGACAACCCGAGCUGGUGAAAUCAUUGUCAUUCGCGGAUAUAUCCAUGUCAGCGGAUUGCAAAGUCCUUUGGACGGUCUUUUGGGGUUACCCUUAUUUGCGCAUUGAUCUUGAUCCUGAUGAGUGGGCGCAUCCUUCAAAGAUUUCAUCGCGGCAGAUCUCCGCCUGUUCAUCCAGGUCGGCCUGGGGAGUGAAUGACAAUAAUGAAGUCUUUAGUACCCAAGACCGCGGGGAGACCUGGAAUUUCGAUAUUGAUUUAGAGUCAGGGGACAAUGUGAAGCUCUCCAAGGUUGCCGCGGGCACCCCCCUAGAAACAUGGGGCUUGGAUGCCUCCAAUAAUGUGGUCCGGCGAGGAAGAGCACACGAUACCUAUGUCGCGGUAAUUCGGGAAAGACUGAAUGGUCUGAUUGAAGAGUUCCUCGUGGAGGUUGUCACAUGUGCAGAGGGAAUCUAUGUACAUGCAAAGAACACUAACUCCAAUUUUAACGAAGAAUUCGUGUUCGGCAUGCAAGGCCAGCUAGUCGAUGGCAAGGUGAAAAAGAUUCGUGUGCCCGUUGCGGUGGACACAUCCAACCGCAACGACUACGGAUUGAUCGAGGACUUGGAAUUGCCCUCCUUUGAGUUUGAAACAUUCACCGACGUGAUUCAAAAGUUUGACGCGUGCGCAGAGAAACUCAUGCCCAAGCUGAAUGACGGUGUCAUCCUGGCACUGGACCUUGAUGAUCGCGAAGCUGCUGAAACAAAUUUUACCAAAGCUUAUCAGGAGUAUGCCGACGACCUGACUGACAAGUGCAUCUCCAAGUACUUUUCUUUGUUCGAUGACGGUUUGAGCUUGGUGUUUGGGGGGAAGCCGAGUCCGGGCUAUAUCUGCGGGAUCAAAGAAGCUGUAGUUAACCAGAACAAGCCCAUGCCUGGGAGGUGCUGCCUUGACGCACCGUUCCAGUUGCAGGACAACGAUUGGGGGCACGCGUAUGAUUGUUCUAUUGAAUGCACUCGAUUUGGGCCACUCUUCGCAGGGAUGAGCAACGAGGCCUGUGAAGCCCAUGGCGGUACCUUUUGCCCUGAGCCAUCUGAUUGCGUAGAAUUGAUUUCUUGUAUCGCCAAGGAAGUGACUUGGGCAAAGCAACACAAGAUGGCUGCAUACGAGUAUUAUUUGAAGGAAGCUCCUACCAACUUCACGGACACCACAUCUACGAAGGACUGUGGCCUUCUACGAGCGUUUCUUGGUUUUGACGAGUCUGACAAGCAAAUUUGUCGUGAUGUUGAGCAAUUGAAGCAUACCCGUGACUUUGCUUUCUUGGAUGAGUUCUUUAGCCAAGGCAGCACCGAGGUAGACGGUGGAAAGGGUGAUGAGUGCAAAUGUGAGGUCCCGCCCAGGCCAGAAUUGGUCUUCACAAAGCCUGACAGGGCUGUGUCAAAGUCAAAACCUGUCAAAAACGGAAAGGCGUGGAGGGCGACCAAUCAUUUGGUGGAUACUGUAGGAAAAGCUCUUCAAUUUUCCAAAGACGUAAUUGACAACUUCGUCUGCCCUGAGGACUUCACCGGUGCUAUUAAAACCUUCUGCGCGGUUGGCAAGAAUAUUGCUUCGGUAGUGCUCGGUAUUGCUCUUUAUAUUGCUCAAGGGGUGUCACAUUUCUCCGAAUUCACUUACAAUGAGAUGGCCACCAUCGAUAAUGUGGGCGAGAUGAAGAUAUCGGAAAACUUGGAUGCGCUCGUGACAAACAUGGAGGAGCUUGCGGAGUAUUUCAACUCGGGAGGUCGGAUUCGACGAAACCUGCUUCCUGGCAACGAUGUUAGCAGUAUCAAUCCUGUGGAAACUACAGCUGCAGUCGACCUCCAGGUUGAAAUUGUCAGCAAUGACAAUCCCAGAGCGUUUCUUUGCGUCACAAUGGUGCAAGGUGCAGAGAAAACUCCAGAUGACUUUGAGUUGCUUGUUCUUGACAUGGCACAAAAGAAAUAUGUUUCAGUGUCCGACUGCACGAAGACACAGCUCGCCCCUGGAAAUACGCUUGUCGAGAUCCCGGAUGCGGUCGCGGGGCAAGUUUUUACUCUCAAGGUCAUUUUCGUCGACGAUUCCUCAAACAAAGGUUUGGCAAACGCCACUCGCUUGGUCGCUUUCCGCGGUCAAAGCAAUAAGGAAGCCUAACUCAAGUGGAGAGGAGCGGCUGACGGCGUGUCUGCUCUAUGCGCACUUGCAUACAUAUAUAUUACGUUUCUAUCUUCCAAGACAAACUCGACGGACCUCUGAAUUCCUUUGGUGGUCGCUACUCUGAAACCUGUUGCUGGCUUUGCUGCCACGAUCGAGAUCCCAUUGCAGAUGCAUGCCGCGGGCGGUGAAGCACGAACCCCAGCAUGGUCGCUACUACUGGAUAUAUUCUCUACGUUUACAUCUGUCUGGUCAAACUAGACUCUCGGAACUGGCUAAACUAGCUUUAGUUUCUGUGUAUGCAUUUGACAAGAUUUUCAGUCCUCAGUGCCGUAGUGCUACUAUCUUCCCUCGG